CACGUAUUUAAGCAUUCAUUUUGAUUGGUUUGUCGCCAACGGAUCCCAUCUUCUAAUCGCCUAAUUAUCACAAUCUUUGGUCCAAAGGAUGGGUAAAAAGAAGGAUUCCGUCUCUUCUUUGGGCAAACAUUUGCUUAAAGAGAGGAAAAAGGAUUUAUCGAAACAUUUGUAUAAAACAAAUAGACAUGUCUUGGAUUUGGAAGAAGCGAAGAACGCGACGAGUAUUACAGAGACGACAACUCUUGAAGAGUUCUUAUCGACCGCUGAAAUGGCAAACAUU